CGGCGGGCGGGGCCUGGGGCGCCGGAAAAGCUGGCACUGGAAUUCGAACUGGAGUGGCUGCCCCAGUGUCCGCUGCCUGGGCUGUGGGCGUCUGACCCCGACCGCAGGCGGCCCCAGGGGCGGGCCAGAGGCUGUGAGGUACCUUGUUUUUCUGAAAAGAACUGAUCAUGUCGGAAUGACAGGAAGCUCUCUGUGCACACGGCCGUCUGUGGGAGCUUUGAAGACAAUAAAAUAGUAUUCGUUCUACCGGGGAGCUCCUCUGCACCGAGCAACGGUGAGAAAUGUUCCGGAAAGGCAAAAAACGGCACAGUAGCAGCAGUUCCCAGAGCAGUGAAAUCAGUACUAAGAGCAAGUCUGUAGACUCCAGCCUUGGCGGGCUCUCACGAUCCAGCACUGUGGCCAGCCUCGAUACAGAUUCUACCAAAAGCUCAGGACAAAGCAAUAACACUUCAGAUACCUGUGCAGAAUUUCGAAUAAAAUAUGUUGGUGCCAUUGAGAAACUGAAAUUCUCUGAAGGGAAAAGUCUUGAAGGGCCCCUAGACCUGAUAAAUUAUAUAGAUGUUGCCCAGCAAGAUGGAAAGUUGCCUUUCGUUCCUCUGGAGGAAGAAUUUAUUAUGGGAGUUUCCAAGUAUGGUAUAAAAGUGUCAACAUCAGAUCAGUAUGAUGUCCUGCAUCGGCACGCUCUGUAUUUAAUCAUCCGGAUGGUGUGUUACGAUGAUGGUCUGGGGGCAGGAAGAAGCUUGCUGGCUCUGAAGACCACAGAUGCCAGCAAUGAGGAAUACAGCCUCUGGGUUUAUCAGUGCCACAGCCUGGAGCAAGCACAAGCCAUCUGCAAAGUUUUAUCCACCGCUUUUGACUCCGUAUUAACAUCUGAGAAAUCCUGAAUUCUGCAAUCAAGUGGAAGCUGACUUCGUGUGGGAGUUCGGUGGUUUUCAGUCUGCAGGGUUGAGCUAUUAUGGGAGUAGGAAGUGGUGAAAGCGAAGAAAUGCGGUGUGUAACAUACUGAUCAUUUGCUUUUCUAUUAAAAUGUGUCUUAUCACGGUGAGUUAACUCUCAACAAGGUUGUCCGCUUUCUGCGACUAAAAAAGUAACCUCCCCUCUCACUUUUAAAACAAAUGAGCUUAACACCUAAGCGUCACAGAAGUGCCCUCAGUGAGUGGCGAGCACGGAGCGCUUUCCACAGAGGUCACGUACUGUCCCCGGGGCGGCACGUGGGCCCCCCGCCGGCUGGGAGCGCCGGUCACCUGGUCUGGAACAGCGACGCAGCGCUGCCAGCUCACGACACAAAAAGUAAGACCGUGAAGGUGCACCGUCAGGAGGACGUGCUCGGACACCAAAGCAUCGACCUCGGCGUUCCCAGACAAGAGAUCACCGCGUGUGUUAAACAGCACAGAAAGAAUCUCAUGUACAGGAGGCUGGUGGGUUUUUCUAAAGGACCAUUUUAAUAUGCAAUGCUUAAAGGAUUAAAAACAUUAAAAAUAACACUAUGUCCAUUUACAGGUGUUUUAUUUUUUUCCAGUCAAAUGACUAGUUCGCGGGAAGAGCCAACUUACUGAACAUGCUCUAAUUAUAAAUCACUGCAUUAAGGACAACGAAAAUAAGAAUUGAUUUAGGUUAUACAAUAUAUACAGUUGCGCUGCAACCAGAUCAGAGCAACCAAGCGAAUGAACGGAGUAUCAUUGUCUCAGGUAGCGUUCCGAGCUGCGUGCCACACCAUCCACCCCUCAGCAGACCACACGGGAGCUGGGAGUCUGUGCACGUGUGGGGCCUCAUCCCUCGAAGUCGCGUCUGCUGGAAAACGGCACGCGACAUGCCAGCGUCCCGCAGCUACGUUCGCGAAGCGUCAACUUCAAAUAUAAAUAGAUAUCUACAAUGUUUUCCUUUCUCUCGGGUUGUUUUUUGAUUUGCAAAGAGCAAAGAACUAGGAAAGGAUGUUAGCAGGGAAGGUACUAGAAUUUCUCCUCUGGCAAGAGUAAUGUUAACGACUGCACAAUAGCACCACCAAAUUGCCGAGUGGAAAAAAUAUUUCCUAGAUAUUUCUGUACCAGUGAACCUGAUAGAUUAGUUUGGGACUGGUGUCUGAAUGUCAGUGAGAAUCAACUUUAAUUCCUUAUAAAGCUGGCACCAAGUAGUCAAAAGGCUGAUUAUAAGACACGAAUGCAAAAGGACUGUGUUAAAAUAUACAUAAGAAGUGCACUGUGCAAAAUAUACCUGUUUACUUUCUUAAAUCUAUGAGGGAAUUAACCAAAUGAAGGGUUCAAACGACAGAAAUGAACAAUUAGUGACAAUACAUGUAGUGCUUUAAAAACAAAACAAAACAAAA